AGGUUACCCAUGCGAAAAAACAGUAGCAGAGAGAUAAAAACAAACACGUAUGGAGCGAAAAGUUUCUUUAAAGCGAGGGGCAAAUCACUCCAAAAAAUCUCGUACACCUGUGGUGGAAAACCUAUUGUUUUAUCUGGAAAUCCCCAGAAAUCCUUUUGUUUUAGAGAAAAUCUCGUACGCUAUUUGGAAGAGUGAAUUGCCCCUCGCCUUACAGGAAGAAAAAAGAAAACUCGCUCUCAGUCGGACCCGCGACACACCUCUUUUAUUCACCGAAGCAAAACGCUAAACAAAUUUUGUCAUUAUUAUGGUUUCCCAUCCCCCUAACCAUGCUCUUUUCAUGAAUCAAGGCCCUUGGUUGGUAGUCCCUUCACCUUGAAGAAAAGUGAAACAGAAAAGAUUCUGCGAUCAGUUGAUUCAAUGACGAUAGCGCUGCGAAGGAGAUUUUCAUUUCACAGUCAAUCUUGUCGUGUCCAUGUGGGCCACGGUAACAAAGCACUUGACGCUUUUGCAGUGGCAACGGUAUAAACAGCCAUCCGCCUUGUCAAGGAAAGCUUCUUCAUUUCAGAAUAGAGUGUCAAGACAAUAUUUUCGAGAAAAUGGAAGUGAACAGCGCAGUACCAAUCCAAGAGGUGUCCCCGGCUGCUAGGCCAUCGGAGGGGAGCAGGUCUGAAGACGGGUCACCACCUGCCAAAAAAACAAGACUGGCCCAGACAAAUGUUGAUGAAAGUGGGGAACCAUGCGUUCAAGAAGAAUGCAACUCAAAACUGGUAUUGCCUAGCGAAGGCCUAGAAAGUAAAAACGCAGAAAUUAACGAGCCACAUCAACCUGAUAGAAACGAGGUUGCUGCAAAGGAGGACAAGGACGGAGAAGAAGAAGUGGGUGAAACGGUUGUUAAUGAAACCCCCCAACAAGAGGAAAAGGAGAAAGUUUCUACCAAAAACCAUUUGGAAAGACAAGACAGCCGAGAUCUGUCAAUUAAUAAUAUCCAAGAUAAAUCACCAAAGGAAAUUUCCUUGAUACGAAAGAAAAAGGUUGCAUUGUUGAUGUCUUAUUGUGGAGCAGGUUAUUUUGGGAUGCAGAAAAAUCCAGGAGUCAAAACAAUCGAAGAUGAAUUGUUAUUAGCUUUAAGCCAAUCUGGAGCUAUAAAAGAUGAAAUCAAGGAUGAUUUAGGCAAAAUGUCUUUUCAGCGAUGUGCAAGAACUGAUAAAGGGGUGUCAGCAACCAGACAAGUUGUGUCUCUAAAGAUGGUGCCUGUAAGGGAACUUUUGCCCAUUAUUAACAAACAUCUUCCACCAUCAAUCCGAGUUUUUGGGAUGAUAAGAGUAACUAAAGGCUUUGACAGCAAGAACCAGUGUAGUGCGAGGACUUACCAAUAUUUAACCCCAACUUUUGCUUUUGCCCCAACCGAAAUGCAGACUGUUCCAAGUUAUAGAAUCAGGGCUCCAGAAAUCGAAAGAAUGAAUAAUAUUUUAAAGAUGUUGUGUGGUACACACAAUUUUCAUAAUUUCACAUCAGGGAAACAUCCUGAUGAAGCUAGUGCCAAUCGCUAUAUCAUUGAGUUUAAAGCUGGUUCCCCUUUUGUAAAAAAGAGUCAUGAAUUUAUUGCAGUUUCAGUCAAGGGGCAGAGCUUUAUGCUGCACCAAAUCAGGAAAAUGAUUGGAGUUUGCAUUGCAAUAUGCAAAGGAUACUGUAAUGAAGAUAUCAUUGAAAGGUCAUGGGGAAAGAACAAGAUGGAUAUUCCAAAGGCACCUGGACUGGGGCUUAUGCUUGACAUGGUCCACUUUGACAGAUAUAAUAGCAGAUAUGGUUCAGACGGAAUGCAUGAGGCAAUCUCUUGGGACAGCUACAAUGCAGAAAUUGAUUUGUUUAAAGAAACAUUUAUAUGGGACACAAUCAUAGAGAGUGAGAUUACUCAUAAAUCAAUGAUGAAGUGGCUUGGAACGCUAAAAAACCACACUUAUUCAGAAAACAGGAUACAAGGAACUGGCCCAGCUGAGUGUGAGAGUUAGCAAACACACUUCUGUACAGCUAAACAUUUUUAUUCCUGUUUGUUUGUUUUAAUCUCCAUGAGCAAAAUAUAGGUAGAGCAGGAUGUUUAAUAAGACAGUAUAACAUAUUCCUUCGUGAU